CUGGCCACUCUAGAACUUUGAUUAAUUGUCUCAAAAAAAAAGCGGCGUGCAAGUUUUAACUGAGAAGAUUUUCAUUCAAUUUAUAAAAAUGGGUAAUAGGUUUACUAGCAUGUUUGGAAAUCGAAAUGCGAAUGAUUCCAACCAGUUGUACUUAGAAGUGCAUAAUGGCCGCAUAAUCUGUCGACGAGUGACAAUUAUCGAUCAUCAUAGUGAUUUGGUACAUCGUCAAUAUGAAAAUUUGUAUCUUUCUGGGAACACCUAUUUGCGUGGUCGUGUUCGUGGUCUUCGAAAUGGGCCUCGUCGAGGUGUUAAUGGUACCUAUGCCCGUAGCCUUGGCAGGAGCCAUGUACGCAAUGGCAUUCAGAGAUCUAACCCAUGUCGGGCCGCUGUUUUAGCUCCCGCACCCGUACUGCGGAUGCAAGAUGGCAUCGAAUUCGGACUGGAUUCCAAUGAGCAGGGAGGAAAUUCAUCCAAUGGUCGUCGCAAUCAGCAGGCAGGAAAUUCAUCCAAUGGUCGUCGCAAUCAGCAGGAAAGAAAUUUGUCCAAUAUGCUCUACCGAGCCCGUCGCGAAGAUCUUCAAGAGGUUUACAUUGAGGUGCUGUCUGCAUCGGAUGAGGAAUUCGAAGACGCCCAGGCACCUUCCUAAAACCAUAAACCAGGAUUUCUAAACUCCAGACGAAUUCGGAAUGGAGUAAAAAUUAGAAAUCUAAAUAACUUUAAAAUAUGGAAUGAGUCUCUGAAGUGCCAUUUUCGAAUUCAAUUAAAGAAUUACAAUUUG